UUCUCGCGAUAAAAAAGCACUGCAGAGGGAAGGUGAAAUCAGUCAAACGAACACUGCUCCUGUGUGCUCCCUCUUUAAAAACAGAAAUAUGAAACACUCGACGUCCAGAAUGAAAAGAGGAUGACAAGCCUACGCAGCCCAUUUUUUGGCGUCCCCAUUUCCAGAAAGCAACGGACACCUCUGGUGCUGCUGCCGGUGCUGAUGGGGCUCUCGGUGUUGCUGAAGCCGCCGGGCGCAGGGCUGAAGCAAGCUCGGCAGCAGGGAGCAGCAGCAGCGGCGGCAGCGUCGCACCUCACUCCCCCAAGACGUGUCGCGUGGUUUCGUGGAAUAUUGACUGCCUGAACGGCGAGAACAAGAUGGCCAGGGUGGAAGAGGUGUGCGCGAUCUUGCUGGAAUCGGAGCCGACACCCGACGUCAUCCUUCUACAGGAGGUGGAUGACGAAAUGUUUGCUGUGCUGAACGCGCGGCUAGGGGGGGGGGGUCGAUACCGCGCCUUCCCCCCUAGGGUCCCCGUAGAGCAGAGGUACUUCACGCUAACGUUCGUCAAGGUGGGCACUGUCACGGUGGAGGAAAGCGGCAGGAAGGAUUUCCCGCACUCGCUCAUGGGGAGAGACCUGUCAACGGUUCGGGCUACCUUCAACGGCAAGCCGAUGCUCCUCAUGACCUCCCACUUGGAGAGCGAAAAGCAAAGCUCCGAAGAAAGGAAGGCGCAAUUUAACCAGGUGAUGAAGCAGUUGCUCGCCUUCCGCGGGGGGCCCGCCAUCUUCGCCGGAGACACCAACCUCCGGGAGGCUGAGGUCAAGCAGGAAAAGCUCGCCAAAGAGGCUGGAGACAUGUGGCAACUUUGCGGUGCGGAUCCUGAGCGUCGUUUCACUUGGGACAUGGCCAAUAACGACAACCUCGUCUUCGGCGGAGGGUUCCAGCCUAGGGCCAGAUACGACAGGUACCGCGUGCAACAGGUUAUGCACAGGCUCCCGAGGUCUUGA